AUGUCUUCUAAUAAAACCAGCAAUGGUCUGUUUGGAAUUGAAAUUAAUCCUGAUUUAGGAGCUCCACUCUACCAAGCCUAUGCCAACGUCGGCCCAACAUGGCACAUUAUUCUCCCAGCAUCUCUUCUAUUUAUUGUAGCCCUCUUCGGCAUUAUCCUCAAUUCUUUCGUUGUAAUAGCCACAAUAGCAACCCCAACAUUGCGCGGAUCAGCCAAUUAUUUAAUGGCUUUAAUUUGUUUUUGUGAGGUUUUACAUGCUUCUGGACAUUCUAUAUUUUUUGUUAUUGCUGUUACUGGAAAGAAUUUUGUUCCUUUAUUGGCUGCUAAUUUGUUAAUGAUUGUAAGGGUUAUAAGAAUUAAGUCUAUAAUAUACCAGAAGAAAUUAUAUUUGCGGAAAAAAUCAGAAUCUAUAUUUUCCGGAAAGUGA